GAGCCUAGCAUGCUAAAUCUGUUAAUUAUUUUCUUAAAAAAAAAAUCCUUCGACAAAAAAACCUGCUAAAAGCCUAAGAGGCUAAAAUAAUAACCUUAACCAGGAACAAGAAAUUCGAGGACAGAACUGAACCAAAGGUCAACAACCAAACAGGCCCUAACAGGAAAAUCCAAUCUUGGUCAUAGGAUGCGAAGAACACAACAUACAUUUAGAGCUUCCUGUGUUUAAGACUCUCUUUUUUAUGCAGUUCCCCAAAAUUCUGUCUUUGGUUUUUUUAAUCUUCAAGAACGCCAUUUUAUUUUUUUAAAAAACCUUCCCUUUAAUUUAACCCUUUUGUUUUUCAAUCAGUGGAAAACAGAUUAGACAAACCAAAUUUUAGCUUUAUAGCAUCAAGAACAAAAGAAUAUCACGCUUUAUUGACCCCCUUUUCUUUAAUGCUCAUUUACUUCUCAUUUUUAGGGCUUUUAUUGUUUCUCUUUAUUUGGGUCUCUUUCAUUUUUCUUCUCCAUAGUGACUGCACUUCCCCUGGUCCAAGGUGAAAUUUUUUUGGUUUAGGGGAGGUCUUUUCAUGUCAAAACUAUCAUCCAUGGUUCCCUUUCUGGACUAGGGAUGGCUUAAAGUAAUUUCCUUUCUUACGAAGCUACGACAAUACAUAUAAUUUCAUGGCUCGAAAAGGUAAUCAGCAGAAGAAUGGGAAGAAAAGGGGUUCAGAGGCAGUCCCCAAUGCAAAUGGAAGAGGUAAAGCAAGUGAGGUAAAGGUUUUCCCUGGAGAGGAACUACCAAAUGGUAAUCCUCCUGGCAGUCCUUCAGCAGAGAGCGUUAGCAAAGGUCAUCAUGCAGGUACUGAGAAUAACUAUAAGCAGAAUGCUGAGGAAUCUGUGACAACAGAGAAACAUGGGGAUGCAGCUGAGGUUCUUGGCCGAUCAAUAUCUUCUGGGAGCAAUUCAGAGGUUUGUGUUGAAACUGCACCUUCAAAGGAAGCUUCAAGUGGAAGGGAAGAGAAUGAAAUAUCACCUGGUGAGAACCUUAAUCUGAAACACAAAAAAGGAGUUUGGAGCUGCUUGCUGAAUGGUUUUCACAUUAAAGAUGCCUUGGAUAAUGUAGAGUUUUCAGAUAAUGUGGUGGUAAGAAAUGUGAGAGCAUCAGCUGUAUCCACCUUGAAGGUGAUAAGCCAGUGGCUGGAGAGGCAGAGGCCAAUUUUCAUUUCCCUCACAGCUAACAUGUAUAAUGCUCGAGAUCGUGUCAAAGUAAAGAUUGAGAGUUUAUAUCCCGUUGUGUUGAGAUGGCUCGUGCAUUUUGGAAAUAUAAUGCUUCUUUUAUCAUUAGUCUGGUUGGACUGCACUCUUAGGGGCAUUGAUUCCUUCCUGCGCAUGGGUACUACAUCUCUUUUUUCAGUUAUAUGGUGCAGUAUUUUCUCAAUGAUUGCCGUGGUCGGGAUGGUGAAGUCUCUUAUGGUCUUGGCCAUAGCUGCUCUGACAGCAGUUUUUGUUGGGGUUACUGUCGCAAUGUUGGUAGUAGCUGUUUUUGGAACUAUUUUCCUGUGGUUUUAUGGAAGUUUCUGGACAACACUUCUUGUGAUCUUCCUUGGAGGGUUGGCAUUUUCAUUUAGCCAUGAGCAUAUUGCAUUAUUGAUCACCACAAUAUAUUCUGUAUAUUGUGCUUGGAUAUAUGCUGGAUGGCUCGGUUUACUUUUGGCUCUAAAUCUAUCAUUUAUCUCAAGUGAUGUUUUGAUCUACUACCUAAAUAACAACAUAAAUCAGCAAGCAAGACCUGAUGGAAACCCCGAACAAACCAAUGGAAUGCAUGGUCAACCAGGCUUCUUCAAUGAAGAGUCAGUGCAUGCUUCAUUCUCUGAAAAUGUCCCAGGGUUUUCAGCAGAUCGUGGUCCUGGUGUAGCUUCAACUAGUGGGGUUGAUACUGAGAUAACUUCUGAAGAGGAAGUUGCUCGAUUGUUGAACUGCACUGAUCACUAUUCUGUAUUGGGUUUGUCACGAUAUCAGAAUGUUGAUGUUAAUGUACUGAAGCGAGAAUAUAGAAAAAAGGCAAUGCUGGUCCAUCCUGAUAAGAAUAUGGGUAAUGAAAAGGCUGCAGAUGCUUUUAAAAAACUUCAAAAUGCAUAUGAGGUCUUACCUGAUUCCUUGAAGCGAAAAGCAUAUGAUGAUGAACUUAGGAGGGAGGAGCUGCUAAACUAUUUCCGCCGGUUUGAAAAUGCUUCUCAAAAGAAUGGCCGACAUGGUUUUUUUUCCUCUGUAUUUGCACGUUCAGAGGCUGACGGGAAGGAACCUUUUGGAGAAUCUAGGCAAAUUGCCUGCAAAAAAUGUGGUAACUUUCAUGUCUGGGUACACACCAAGAAAUCAAAAUCUCAAGCAAGAUGGUGCCAGGAAUGCAAAGAUUUUCAUCAAGCAAAAGAUGGAGAUGGAUGGGUUGAACAAUCUUCGCAGCCCUUUUUUUUUGGGUUAUUGCAGAAGGUGGAUCCUCCCUCUUCCUAUGUCUGUGCUGAUAACAAGAUAUAUGAUGCUACUGAGUGGUAUAUUUGUCAGGGAAUGAGAUGUCCACCUAACACACAUAAGCCAAGUUUUCAUGUGAAUACUAGCGUGACUUCCAAGCAUAGUACCAGCAAGGGAUCAAGUUCAGGACAGAGAGGUGGCAAGAUACCAACACCUAAUCUGGAAGAAACCAUGACAGAAGAAGAAUUCUUAGAGUGGUUACAGAAUGCAGUACAAGCAGGCAUGUUUGACAAUUUUAGCGGCAGCACCUCUGCUGAGACCCCGUUUGCCAAACCGGGGAGUGGCUCGAAGAGUAGUGGUAGCAAUACGAAUGGUGGCAGUGGAAAUAAGAGAAAGAAAAAAGGAAAGAAACAAUGGUGAGCAGUCAUCAUGAUUUGUUUGUAACCCCAGAUUCCUUAGAGGGUUAAGCAAUUUUUGGCAGUAAAAACAACUGAUUGCCUCCUGAAAGCAUGAAUCCAAGUUGAACUUAUUCUCGGGAAAGUAUGAGUAGAGGCGCCUUGAGCAUAUUAUCAAGCCAAUGUAAUGUAGCAUUUUAUCUUCUUCCUAUCUUUUUCUUUUUCCCGCAGUUUCCUCAAAUAAUUAGAUAAGGAGCAUCAUACAAAGUAUGAAAUAGAUUGCAAAGCCUGGAGGUUAAUCUUUCCUGGUGACAGCAUUUCCAAAUAUUUGCAGUGGCCUACUUAUUCUUGUCUUUAUUUUGAUUUUUUUUUUUUUUCUGUUCAGAGGAAAGUCUUGCCAUUAACUCAAAAUGGAUUGAUUUAAAUUAACGCGAAAUCUCGUAUAAAUCACAAUUCACACAUCCCAAUCUUUCGAUGUAAGCCUGUCUAAUGCGAGAUGUGAGUUUCACUUAAUUGGGACGUUCAGGCAUUACUUUUAUAGUCCAUCGCUGAUGGCUUACGGAAACAAAGAGAACAUAUAAUUUGUUGUUGUUGUUGUUUUUUUUUUUUUUUUUUUU